AGUUCCCAUUUCUUUUCUUGCUUUCCACAUAGCUAUCUUCUUUCCCGUCUUUUCUUUUUCUUUAUCUUUCUCUCAUUUCUAUACAGACAGAGAAAAAUAAAUAAAUAAAUAAAUAAAGAAUGGGCAGUCUUGAAACAGAGAGAACUAUUGUUGGAUGGGCUGCAAGAGACCCUUCUGGUAUUCUUUCUCCUUAUACAUAUACUCUCAGAAACACAGGAUCAGAGGAUGUUGUAUUGAAGGUUAUUUAUUGUGGAAUUUGCCAUACUGAUCUUCAUCAAGCCAAAAAUGAUCUUGGCAUGUCACGCUACCCUAUGGUUCCUGGCCAUGAAGUGGUGGGUGAGGUGGUCGAGGUUGGAUCAGGAGUGACCAAGUUUAGAGUAGGAGAUACAGUUGGUGUUGGGGUUCUUGUUGGAUGCUGCAGGAAUUGCAUGCCAUGCAAUAAAGAUAUUGAGCAAUACUGCAACAAGAAAAUCUGGUCCUAUAAUGAUGUCUAUUCUGAUGGCAAACCUACUCAAGGGGGUUUUGCUCAAUCCAUGGUUGUUGAUCAAAAGUUUGUGGUGAAAAUACCAGAUGGGAUGGCACCAGAACAGGCAGCACCUUUAUUGUGUGCUGGGGUGACAGUUUAUAGCCCACUUAGUCACUUUGGUUUGAAGAAAAGUGGGCUAAGAGGAGGAAUACUAGGACUUGGAGGAGUAGGACAUAUGGGGGUUAAGAUAGCAAAGGCAAUGGGGCAUCAUGUGACUGUGAUUAGCUCUUCAGAUAAGAAGAGAGUUGAGGCUUUAGAUCAUCUUGGAGCUGAUGAAUAUUUAGUUAGCUCAGAUGAAACUAGCAUGCAACAAGCUACUGACUCUCUUGAUUAUAUAAUUGAUACUGUGCCUGCUAAUCAUCCUCUUGAACCUUACCUUUCAUUGUUGAAACUUGAUGGGAAAUUGAUCUUGUUGGGUGUUAUUAACACCCCAUUGCAGUUUGUUUCUCCUAUGCUCAUGCUUGGGAGAAAGAUAAUCUCAGGAAGUUUCAUAGGAAGCAUUAAAGAAACAGAGGAAAUGCUGGAGUUCUGCAAAGAAAAUGGAUUGACCUCAAUGAUCGAAGUUAUCAAAAUGGAUUAUGUAAACACAGCUUUCGAAAGGCUCGAGAAAAAUGAUGUCAGAUAUAGGUUUGUUGUGGAUGUUGCAGGCAGCAAGCUUGAACCAUGAAACUAACAAGUGACAGAACAAUAAAAAACCAAAAUCCAGAUAUAAAAAAUGGGUUUUCAAGUUAUCUAUGUUCUGGUAAUAAAAGAAGAAGGUGAGAUGUUCUUCUUAUUAAAGAUUGUUGAUGGGUAUGUUUUCUUUUCUUUCUUUUUUUUUCUUUUUCUAUGGUAAUCUGAUUCAGUGCAGUGGGGUUGUGGUUAUCUUUUUCUUUUUGUUAUUUACCGGAGACUGUCUUCUUGACAAUGAAAGAUACCAAACUUUGCAGGAAAUUUUUUGUGGUGUAAGGAAGCCUAUAUAAAUUAUGAAUGAAUGUUGAGAAUAUUUUAUUUCUA